AUGGCAAAUCCCUUCAGUGAUGCUGCAUGUAAGGUUAUUGUCUUUACAUUUAGAGCUUCAAGGUGCUUGUCUAUUGUUCUGACAUGUCUUCUCAGUUGCUUUCAGUGUGUGACCAUUUUCACUAGUGUUAACUGGGUUAGAAUCAAACUCAAAAUGCAAAAUUAUCUCAAAGUAAUUAUUGCUUUGCUUUACAUCUUCAGCGCAUUAUUCAGUGUCAAUCUACCAUUUUCAACUAUUUCUAGUUUCAACAUCACAGCCACAGACUAUGCAACAAAUUUAGGAUAUUGCAUUGUGAUCGAUCCAAGCACACUACUGUUUGAAGCCAUAGGAUACAGUGUUCUUACUCGUGACACGAUAUUUGUGGCUCUUAUGGCCGUGGCCAGCAGCAACAUUUUGUUAAUAUUAUAUAGGCAUGGAAAGAAGGUAAAAGGCAUAAGAAGCUCAGACCACAGUAAGGAGAGUUCAGUGGAGAGUAAAGCAGCGAAGACAGUAGUAACUCUAGUCGUGCUCUAUGUUUCCAUUUUUGGAAUAGACAGUACAAUCUGGUUAUAUCAGAUAGCAACAUCGAGCAAAAUUUUAGAUGCCGUGUCUGACAUUCGCCAUUUACUUUCUGUGUGUUAUGCAUCUGCCUUUCCUAUUGUUAGUCUAAUAUUUAAUCCAAGAAUCAGAAAUGUAUUUAAUUGCUAUGCUGAACAGUAG